UUCGUCGUGACGUCACUUCCUGCGCGCGGGGUUACGCUACCAGGAGCUAAUGAGAGGACUGUCAUCCGCGUACAACUAUUCAGGGCCCACACUGUGUACUAUUACUGCUACAAGUAGUACUACUGCACCGUCGCGGGUAUUUGAACGCCUCCGUUCGUGUGUUGUCGUCGUCGGAAUGCGAUUGUUUUAGUCUCUUUCCGUACCGAAGCCCGAGCUCUUGUUGACGUCCAGGACGUAAGUUCGAGCGGGGCAGGCUUGUAUUCUCUCAACUUUUACCGCCUCCAUUAUGUGAGCUUUGCAUCCGUAACGUAACGCCCUCGUUAGCUGCCCGGCUGGCUGGAGCCACAUACCGGGCCUUCUUCACACGGCAACUUUUUUUUUUCUCCCAGCCGGUCGACAUGAAGCUGCAGUGUGAUGUGGAGGUGGUCAACCGGAUGCUGCCCACCUUUGGCAUGAAAUGUCGCGGCAAGGGGGUGAGAGCGGUGCUGUCCAUCGGGAAACAUUUGGACAAGAUGAGUCAACGCAGUAAUGUCUAUUUGAUGAUAUGCACUGCUAAGGACAAAGCUGGCUGCAAAUACAAGCUGAAAAACAACAUAGAGAAGUUCUUUACGUGGUUUGUGGAGGAAGGCAAGGCUACCGUCAGGUUAAAGGAACCAGCCAUCGACAUCUGUCUGAGCAAGGCCGAAGCCAACAGCUUGAAGAACUUCCUCUCGGCAGCUCGCUUGGCAGACAGAGGAAGCGUGACAAGCAGCCUCCCGCUCUCGACCCUGACAUCCGUUCGCGCGAGAGACGUGGAGCAGCCCAAAAAGAAGCUCACCAUCAUCUCGAAGAAGGACUACCCACUCACCUCCAGCUUUCCUUACUCUCUGGAGCAGCUGCAGGUCUCCUACUGCAAGCUGUCACGUGUCGACAUGCGCAUGCUUACUCUCAAAGCUCUUCGUAAACUGGACCUCAGUAACAAUCACAUCAAGAAGCUCCCCGCCACCAUCGGUGAUCUAGGCUGCUUGUCUGAGCUGGUACUCCACAACAACCACCUAGAAGCCUUCAGCGAGGCCCUUUGUCUCUCCACCCUGCAGCGGACCCUGCAGCUCUUGGACCUCAGCCAGAACCGGCUGCGGUUCCUCCCCGCUCAGUUUUGCCAGCUGCGGGAACUGGUGAACCUCAAGCUGGAUGACAAUAAGCUGGUUUGUUUGCCAUUCCACGUCGGCCGCCUCACUAAGUUGAGGUUCUUGUCUGUGGCGCACAACCAGCUGGUUGUGCUGCCCGGUGACUUCCGCAAGCUGAGACUCGAGAACCUGGAUUUGUUUGGGAACCCAUUCGUCCAGCCCAACCCACUGGACAACACAAUGCAGCUCACAUUCCCGGUUCCUCUUCAAGAGCUUGCUUCCAGGGCCGUAGCAGACCUUCGAAUUCCAUACGGACCUCACCUCAUUCCUGCACACCUAUGCCGAGACCUGGACGUUGCGAAGACCUGCGACUGCGGACGCUUCUGCGUCAGCUUCUACAUUAAGACAGCUGUGAGCAUGAACCUGCACCAAGUGUCCCACACCGUGGUUCUGGUGGACGACAUGGGCGGCACAGACGCCCCAGUGACACAGCACUACUGCUCUCUUUCCUGCUACUCCCAGUUUUUGGACAAAACCCUCCAGAGGGGAAUCAGAUGAGGGACAUUGAAACUGGUGCAGGUACUAAAGCGAUGCUCUUAAUGAGCUGGGGGGAAAAGACUCAGCACUAUGGACAUUUGUUUUUUUAGGAGUUGCCUGUUUUACAACCUAAAAUAACACAAUUAAUACAUGGCAAUGAAAGAGGUAUUCACCUGUUUCUAAAAUAUUUCUCCUGCAGUCCCCUACUGACCUACUUUAGGAGUAAUGCAAGUAGGCGAUGUCAUAACCUCGGGUAGCUGCUGCUUUUAUUGCGCUAAUAACCUACCAUUUUGUAUACAUUUUGAAGAUUUAAAUAAAAGCAUACUUUUUUUUAGGAAGAUAUUACAGGACUUCAUUGUAAAUGAUUUGAAUGCAUACAAUUUUUCCCCAAUAUUAGGCACACUUGCACAAAAACACAUAAUAUACUGUAUUUGGUUAUAACUUGCAAUGGUGUAACGUAGAAUUACGUUUCUAAUUAGUUUGAGAGGUACAAAAUAUUAGAAACACUGUAAACAAACAUUGGAUGGAGUGCGUGGUUCGAGACGGUUUACAUUGAAAAAACAAAUAAACUGCUCUGUUGAUCUCAUCAGAAGGCACUUUCAACUCUUUUUAGUCGAGUUCAUACAUCAGGGAGUUAUGGAAGACGAAUCCAACGGAUGUAGAGUGAUCGCUGACGACUGUCACCUUUCCAUCUUUGUCGAUUUCCCUCAACAACACAAGAG